AUGGACCAAUGCGGGUGUAGUCACCUCAUCUCCGCUGCAGGGGUUGAUGUGGAAGAUAUAUUGAAAGCACGACCAGUCCGCCAUGCCAUCCUGCCAUCACUGGAAGAGCUUCUAUACUCCAGGCCCGUGGCACAUUAUCCUUACUCCAAGAUCUGGGACGAAGCGCAGUGGGACCCCUAUCUCGUCCUCCAAACGUCUGGCUCGACCGGGCUUCCCAAGCCCAUCACAUACAACCUACGCGUACCAGCAACAGUUGAUGCGCAGUCGCUGCUCGAAGACACGACGCCGGCGGACGGCCCAGGCUACCGGAGGAUGCGACCAUGUUUGCAUUUCAGAGGUCGUUUGCUGUCUUCCUUCGCGCCCUUUCACACCAUCGGCAGUACUCGUAUGCUCGCGCUCAGUGUGUUCGGCGAGACCGUCCUCGUAUACCCGUUCAGAAAAGGUGAGGCUUCCGCAGCUGCUGUCACGGCUGCCAUUGCACACGGGAACCCAGAUACCGCGUGGCUGUCUCCCGGUGUUCUGGUGCAGAUGUCCAGAUGGGCAGCUGGUCUAUCAGCGCUGGCAAAGCUGAAGAGAGUCUCCUAUGGCGGGUCCAGCCUGCCACGCAGCGCCGGCGAUCUGAUCUCUGAGCAGACCCAUCUCUCCAGCAUCUGGGGCAGCACUGAGACCGGAGGACUCGUCCUCGGGCAACUCGACGCUUCGGACUGGGACUAUCUCUCAUUUUACCCCGAGUACAACGGACUCGAAUGGCGCAUCGCGUCCGACAGGGGCAACGACAAGACAGUGGCCGCUAUUGUUGACCCAUCGUCUGCAUGCUACGAACCUGUCAUUGUCAAGAAGAAGGAGCUGCUGGCCUACCAGGCGAUCUUCUCCGUCUUCCCGAGCCUCGAGCAAUGGCGUACCGGCGACCUAUACACGAAGCACCCGACCAAGCCGCACACGUGGAAGUACGCUGGCCGCAGCGACGACAUGGUCUGUCUUGCCACGGGAAACAGCUUCCACCCCCAGGGCUCAGAAGAUCGGAUGACAGGCCAUGGACUGGCCUCGGGGUGCGUGAUAUUUGGCCAAGACCACCUGCAGCCCGUCAUGCUGAUAGAACUCACCGAGGAAACGACGUGUCGAGUCUCUGAGAGCUCUCGCGACUACGAUCGCGUCGAGGAAGCUAUAUGGAAGCUAGUCGACAGCGUGAACAUGGAUGAGCCGCCACGCAGCAAGGUGGCUCGUACUCAUAUCAUCUUCGCGGGCCCCGCGAAGCCUUUCUUACGCACGAGCAAGGGGACUAUCCAGCGCCGGGCGACAGUUGCGGCGUACAAGGACGAGAUCGAAGCUGUUUAUGCCAUGCACGGUGAUGUCGCAGGAUACACGCUUGGUAGAACAGGUAAGACUGGUCGUGACUGUUGA